UUGUUUACACUUCUUCGCAGGGGAUCCACCCAUGCAAACACAACACGAGAGAUUCUUUUGUUUACACUUCUUCGCAGGGGAUCCACCCAUGCAAACACAACUAAACACUCAUGAAGCUAUACAGAAACGGCACGUGACCCUGUUCAUACUGUGUACCCCGCGAGUUCCCCACCUUUCGCUAUCGGAUCCCCACCGUUCCGAAUCGGGAACACAUGAGGCUAUCCCCAACACCCGAGCCAGGUGGCUCGUCCCAGCGGAGGAGGGCGCCAUUUGUGAUAGAAUAAACCAGCUAUCGGGAUAAAGGUCAUCGGGAUGACGUAUUAUAGUGGUUGUGAGAGUCGUGUCAUCGGGAUGACGUGUUAUAGUGGUUGUGAGAGUCGUGAGGUCAUCGAUAGUGGUUCUACACCUCUCCGGCACCUAUAAGGUGCCGAUCCCUCUGUAAGGAGCUACUGAUCCUUCAAGAAUCAGUCUAUCUCGUGGAUAUAGGCUACCUUUAUCAU